AUGGAAGGUAACAAGUUAAGUGAUUUAAUGGUUAUUGCAACUGAAAAAGAAGAAGCUGAUACACUAGAUCUUAAUGAAGCAGUUGAUCGUUUCGCUAAAUUAAAAUCUAGAAGAUUUCCUUUAUUGUUUCUCAUCAUUGCCAUUAAUAGCAAUUUUCAUUGGUUAUUGACGGAUAUGGACACGCCACAGUACAGCCUUCGGUGGAACAAUCACCUGGUCCACAUGAUGGACGCCAUCGAAGUGCUACUACAAAACGAAACUCUCGUGGACGUCACACUGGUUUGUGAAAAGACUCAGUUUAAAGCCCACAAAGUCGUCUUAUCCGCUUGCAGUCCAUAUUUUCAAAGGCUAUUCUCUGAAACCCCGUGCAAACAUCCUGUGAUCGUGCUUAAGGACCUUCCUGACUGGGAGAUGAGAGCCAUCAUACACUUCAUGUACAAAGGGGAGAUUAACGUUGGCCAGGAACAGUUGCCGUUGUUGCUACAGGCUGCUGAAACGCUACAAAUCCGCGGACUGGCCCACACUGAGCGCAUUCCGUUAUUUGUCGAUUCGCCCACUUCGUCGUCGGCGACGCCCACGGACGUCCAACCAUCACCGUCGCAACAGCAACAGCAGCCACCGCUUCCAUCGUCUCAUCACCACAGCGUGAGCGGCCACCAUCACCAUCACCAUCACCACUCCAACAGGGGCCACAGUCCCAGCGGCAGCAAAUCCGGCACGACCACUGGCCACGAGCUGACGAACGGACAGAGUUCUCCGGAGUCCGCGCAACAAGUCGCAGCCGCCGCCGCCGCCGCACCACGCGCUCGCGCUGCCUCCACCGCACCACCGCGACGGAUCCGCCGGCCGCAUGUCGCCGACCACCAGGAAUGUUCUUCCAGGCCGCCGCGGCCGCUGCGGGCCGCCGCUGCAGCCAAUCCGUACGAUCCUUCGCACAUCCGUCUGCCACAGAUACAGCACUUGCCACCCAUCACGUUCAGCGACCGGAACUGUCCGUCUCCGACACCUCGCAGGAAACAGGCUCGACCCAGGCGAAGAUCGGGCGAAGCGAUUGGUCCACAAGAUUUGAGCAAAGCACCUUCUCCGUCAAACUUCAAUAACAAUGUCGCCGAAAAUUUGUCGAUGAAAAAAUCACCGAACAAUGAAAAUAUCAAUAACGAAAACAUGCCGACAAAUUUAAGUUGUAACAAUAAAAGGCCGGAUAGGACACCGUCGCCGUCGGCAAAUAAACAAAUGAAGGUCGAAGUGGAAGAAUCAGAAAUGAUUGGAGACUUGGGACAAAGUCUGCCGGUAGAGUUGACUGCCAACAGUGGCAACCCGAACGUAAACAACAAUAACAAUAAUAAUAACCAGUCGAGUAACAAAAAGAACCACCACCAUCACCACCAUCAUCAUCUCAACCACCAACAACAGCAUCAGAGGCAUCCGGACUUCCCUUAUUAUGGGCCGGAUCCCAUGAGCAUACCACUUAAUCCACACGAUCCACACUUUGAGAACUCGCUGUUUCCGCCUUUUGGACCGUUGUCGUCGCUAUCACUACAAGGACCUCCUCACAUGUUUCCAAUAGAUGCCCAAUUUGGUCUAUUUCCCGGUUUGGACGGCUGUAGGAACCCACUGCUAAACGAACUGAUCGAACCGAGGUUCGACAACCCACCGCCGAGUAAAAAGAAAAAGAAAAUGUUCCCGGUUGGACGUCCUAAGGGCCAGCACAGCGCUCCACGCGGUGGCCCUCCCAGGUCGUGGACGAACGCCGAACUCACGGAAGCACUACAGCACGUGUGGAACAAGAAGAUGACCACGUCGCAGGCCUCUAGAAUUUUCGGUAUACCGUACAACAGUCUGCUCAUGUACGUGCGUGGCAAGUACGGUAAAUCGCUAAAACUGGAACAGUUGAAAAAAGAAUGUUUCGGUGACAUAAACGGUCCACUGGACUUGUUGCACUUCGGGUCCAUUUCGAAUAAUAACAACAGUAGCAAUAAGAACAACAAUAAUAAUAACAACAAUAACAGCAACAACAACAACAGCGGCAGCAACAACGGCCAGUCGAAUGUCAACGGUUCCGGUAACAACAACGGCGGUGGAGGCAACGGUCCGACACUGCAGCCGUGCAACCCACCCUCGGAACCCGUCGACCUCAUGCUGGGGCCUCCGGGAUUCAACCCACCUGCGUUCCCGACACCCAACUUCUUCCCGGACUUUGGGUCCACGUUCCCGAUGGGCAUAGACAUGAUACACCUGAUGCACCAGCAACAGCAACACAUGUCGUCGAUGUCGGCGGCCGACAAACACCAGUACUUGGGACUGCAGGACAUGAUCGGCGGCCAGCCACUACAGUCAGCCGUCGUGCUGGACUAUGCGAUGAAGUCUCCGGCUGCCAGUCGCAGCAACUCAGAACCGCCGACGACGGGUGGUGAGGGGGAUGGCGAUGUUGAUGGUGACGGCGACGGUGAGGGUGAUGGUGAAGGUGACUGCGACGACGAUGACGGGGCCGACGAUUGCGGCGUCGACGACGAGGACGACGAGGACGACGACGACGACGUAGUGGCCAUGGACUUCUCAAAGGCCGGCGGGAUCGGCGUUGGCGGCGGCAGUGACGUUGGCAACGGCGGCGGUGACGUCGGAGGUGGCGCCGGUGCCGGUGACGAGGAUGACGGGGUCGACGACGAGGACGACGACGAAGACGUCGACGACGAAAGACUGAGUCCGGAAGCUGAUGACAAGGACAAGGAGCAAGACUGACACGGGGUGUUUAGGGACUACGCGCUGGCGGCGUUCGACGCGGUGCUCCGAACAUAAUUUCGCCGAAGCGGUGUUCUUCGCGUCGGGUGUACCGAUGGAUUUCCUGUACCGGAAAAUGCGCGUAAGCUCGUCGUGUACACGAGCGCGCGCGUCCCUUGUCCACCACGUGGUCGUUGUCACGGGCGUUCGGCUGAACCGUCACCCUGUAUCUCACCCGCAACCAUGUGCGCGCAUGCCCUUUACCUCCACCCCAAACUCACCCCACCCUAAAUCCUGUCAAUCCUUCUUUUUCGCCCUUACUCGUAAUCAAUUUAUAAUAAUAUAUUAUUAUGUCUGUAUAUUAUAAUAUUAUCUAUAAAAAAUAAUAAUAGUAAUUAUAAAUAUAAUAUAAUAUAAUAUAAUCAUUCGGACGAAUCGUACGGCCGUGGUUCGUAAUCGCGCGUGUAACAUAUAAUAAUCGUUUUUAAUGAUAAGGGAUUGAAAUAAAACAAUAAAAAAUAAUGAAAAAAUUUGGUACGAAAACAAAAAAAAAUGUAAACAAAUCUACUACUACUACAGCUAGUGAAUACAAAGAAACGUGUAAAUUAGAUUUUAAAAAAAAAUUGAUCGUGUACAUAUUUAUAAGUGUGAUCGUCGUAUCGUUAUUAAAAAAAAAAAUUAAUUAUAUUAUUUUAGACCAAAACGUAGCCAUUUUAAAGAUAAAUCAUAAUUAUUGUUCCGAAACAAUAGCAUUUCAUCUCAGCCCGAUAAACAAAUCAAAACGAUACAA